AUGCGCCCUGAUGGACUCCACCACACGAAGAUGGUGUCGGCGAUGUUCCUGACGGCGAUACAGCGCAGGCACGGGCUCUACUUGUCGGUGAUUGCGCCCACUCUCGUCGAGAAGGCUGCCGCGGGCGAGCACGUCACGGUGAGAGAGUACAAGGGCGACUUCCUCGCCAACUCCAACAAGGGCGACCGCACCUCCAAGCACAACGGGGAAAAGCCCGAGGUGACGCGGCACCUCAACGACACGUCCGUGACUGACAUCUGCGAGAUCGGCGGCGACUUCGCCACGAUGCGGGACGUGCACUACGAGGUCAAGUGCUGGAACUCGCUCAUCAAGUCGACGACGGUGGGGAGGGGCUCGUGGGACAAUGGUGGCAAUGUGGCGUCGGUGGGCCACCUCUACGGGUUUGGAAACACGCUGGACAAGGCGUUGAUGGGAGUCGUGGGGUGCAAGGAGCGUGGCCGUCAGGUGGACGGACCGCUCGACCACUCGACUGGAAAGGGAUGGGUCAAAGACCACGCGUAUGGAAAGGGGUGGGUCAAGACGGAUACGGGCUGGAAGUGGACGGGGGCGCAGUACUACGACGCGAAGUGGGUCAAGAAAGCCAUAACGCGGCUGGUGCUCGUAGAAACCUUGGGAGGCAUUGCGCCGCCCACCGAGCAGUUUCUCCACGUGUUCGCCAAGGAUGCGGCGGGCACCAACACGGACCGGACGGCGGCGGUGGCGGGCGACGCCGAAAACAUCAACAAGCAGGCGCGCAAGGAGCGUACCAACUGGAUCAACAAGCAAAAGAACAAGCAAGCGACAAACGGCUUCUUACCAGCCAGCACCAGCCCGCCCUUUGUGUCGGCGUCGUCACAGCAGGUCCCCAGGCACGUGCCGAUGGGGUCGAGGCGGCAGUCGCGGGCUUCAGAGCCCAGGCAGAGUGCCGGAGGAAGCGACGAGCGGCGCCAGCAGUCCGGCCGUUUGCCGUCGGGUGAGCACCAUUCACUCGCUAGUGGGGCCAGCGUUUGA